ACAUCUUCUCUGAAUAUACCCCGACGCCCCGUUCCCAAAAUGCCCCUCCUUAAACCCAUUCCUUCAUCUUCGCCACCACCGGCCGUGCUCGUUAAUCGAGCCAUCGCCAUCCUAAAACGCCACCACCCAUUAGACAUCAACUCUUUAUCUUCCCAUUUUACCCCUCAAAUCACUUCUACUUUACUUCUCCAAUCCCAAUUUAACCAACCCUUAAUCUUGAAAAUCUUGAAAUGGGUUCGUCCCCACCCAUUUUUUGACCUUAAUUGUAAGUGUAUCACUCUACAUAUACUUACAAGAUUCAAGCUUUAUAAAUCUGCUCAAACUUUAGCUGAGAAUGUGGCUGUUGAUGCUGCUUCAAGUGGUGAUAAGGGUAGUUUGGUCUUUCAGUGCCUUAAAGAUUCUUACCAGGCUUCGAAUUCGAGUUCUUCGGUUUUUGAUUUGAUGGUAAAGACUUAUUCUCACUUGAAUAUGAUUGAUGCUGCUUUGAAUACUAUUGUUUUAGCUAAAUGCAAUGGUUUUAUGCCUAGUGUGUUGUCGUAUAAUUGGGUUCUUGAUUCCGUGAUUAGUAGUCAUAAAACAAUGGAAUUAGCUGAAGGAUUGUAUAAGGAUAUGGUUGAAAGUGGAGUUCAGCCAAAUGUGUUUACUUACAAUAUAUUGAUUCGCGGGUUUUGUGCGGUUAGGGAAUUUGAUAGGGGUUUAGAAUUUUAUGCGGAAAUGGAAAGGAAUGGUUGUUUGCCGAAUGUGGUUACGUAUAAUACUUUAAUUCAUGCUUAUUGUAAAAUUGGGAUGAUUGAUGAGGCGUAUGAGUAUAUGAAGUUGUUGAGUGUGAAGAAUUUGGAACCGAAUUUGAUUUCGUAUAAUGUGAUAAUCAACGGGCUCUGUCGAGAGGGGCAGAUGGAGAAGACGAGUGAGAUUCUUGAAGAGAUGAGUCAAAAAGGUCUGUUCCCGGAUGAGGUGACGUAUAAUACACUUGUGAAUGGGUAUUGUAAAAAUGGUGAUUUUCAUCAAGCACUUGUGUUGCACGCGAAGAUGAUAAGAAAUGGUCUCUCUCCAAAUGUCAUAACUUAUACUUCAUUAAUUAGUAGUAUGUGUAAGGCUAGGAACUUGCAUCGAGCUAGGGAAUUUUUUGAUCAGAUGAUUGUUAGAGGAUUAAGGCCAAAUGAGAGAACAUAUACAACAUUGGUUGAUGGCUUCUGUCAGCAGGGAUGUCUGGAUGAAGCUUAUCGAGUAUUAAAUGAAAUGAGUAGAAGUGGUUUCUCACCUUCCAUAGUAACGUACAAUGCAUUAAUCAACGGUCACUGCUUAUCGGGAAGAAUAGAAGAUGCUUUUAAAGUGCUUGAAGAUAUGACAGAAAAGAAGCUAGUUCCAGACGUAGUAAGUUACAGUACACUCAUAUCUGCGUUCUGCAGAAAUCAGGAUCUGGAGAGAGCAUUUGAGAUAAAUCGCAUGAUGGUUGAAAAGGGUGUUUUACCUGAUACGAUCACGUACUCAUCACUGAUUAAAGGUCUUUGUGAGCAGCGCAGACUGGGCGAAGCUUGUGAUCUAUUUCAAGAUAUGAUAGGAAAAGGUUUGUCCCCGGAUGAAUGUACGUACACUACCUUGAUCAACGGGCACUGUACUGAAGGAGAUGUAAACACUGCUCUUCAUCUACAUGACGAAAUGAUUAAAAAGGGGUUGCUUCCUGAUGUUGUUACUUACAGCGUGCUGAUUAAUGGGCUUAGCAAACAAGCUCGGACGAAAGAGGCAAAGCAGCUUUUAUUCAAGCUAUAUUAUCAGGAGUCAGUUCCUGUUGAUGUCACGUAUAACACACUAAUUGAAAGUUCUAGUAAUAUUGAGGUGAAAAGUGUUAUUGCUCUAAUAAAGGGAUUCUGUAUGAAGGGCUUGAUGAAAGAAGCUGAUCGAGUUUUUGAUUCAAUGCUUCAGAGGGAUAGAAGGCCUAGUGCAGCGGUUUACAAUAUCAUGAUACAUGGCCAUUGUAGGGGUGGCAAUUUGCAGAAAGCCUAUAAUAUGUACCAGGAGAUGAUGCAUGAUGGAUUUAUUGCUCAUACUGCAACCAUAAUUGCACUUGCUAAAGAACUUCGGAAAGAUGGGUUGACUGAUGAGUUGAAUCAAGUUAUAGAAAACACAUUGAGAAGCUGUCAGCUUACUGAUGCGGAGCUUGCAAAAGUCCUUGUUCAGAUCAACAAUAAAGAAGGCAACACUGAUGCUGCAUUUGACGUUCUUAAUGAAAUGGCCAGGGAUGGUCUUCUUCCCAACAGUGGGAAAAGUACACGUGCUUAGAAAUUAUUGCACGAUAUCACUUGAUUGAACAUUGAGCAUGUGUCAGUGAAUUUAAUCGGCUGUCUACCAAAAUUUGACAAAGUCUACCUUCCUUGAUUUACUGUGGUUUAAUCAUGUUAAUGUUGAUGGAAUUGAGGAACACCACUGCUAGGGGAGCCAUACUUUCUUUUGCACCUCGAGCUUUAGGUCAAGACACUGCUGAUUGGGUUCUGGACUGGUCAACAGUUAUAAAGGGGUGUCUCGAGAGAGUAGGGUGACACUGUGCAGAUCUACACUAUGCAGCCAUGCAAAACCCUGGCAUCGAUGGUAUUAAGUUGCUUUUUGCCACAGUACUGAAAUAUGGUAAUGCUAGACGUCAUGAUCACAGUUCAAAUAUUUCAAAAGAUUUGUUGAAUCUUGUCAAUUGAAGAUUCCUCAAGGAGCUCCAAGUUGUUGUCAUAAGAUAUACGCUGAAGAGAUGCUGACUCUCUUUCCCAUAACUAUCUUUCUGUACAAAAAAAAAAAAGAGUGAAGCCUGAACAUUUUACUUUUAGCGGAUGUUUUUUUUCUCUUUUUUACAAUGAGUGCCAAACAUACAUGUGUGUGCUAACAGAAGAUAGAUUGUCGAGUAAGCACAUUAGGCACUACAGUUUAUUCUUUUUGUACAGUGAUGUAUUUUGCUCCAACAUUUGCUUGUAUUUGGUUUGGGCCGCAAAGAUGGGAGAGAGGUGAAGUCUCUUGAUAUAUAAGCUUUACUUUCGUACAA